GAAUAUUCAUUAAUUUAUAUUUGUUUUUUUUUUUUCAAACGAGGUGCUUGCGUGUGGACAGUUCUGACAUUAAUUGGAUUAAAAGCAGCAGUGAUGAUUUCUGCUCACACGCUGUCGGUUGUAGUGUGGGCUGAACGGCUAAUUGCCAAAAUUGUCCUUUCGAGCUAAUCCUCCUUUCAAAAAUACAUUGGGUGUUGUUAAUUUGGUUAAAAGGGAGGGGAUAAGAUAAUCAGCUGUGGGUGAUUUAAAAAGCUCAGGAAUGGCAUCUGUCAGCUAAUUAAUCGCAGUCACAAAGAGGAAGGAAAAUAGAGACUCAAUUUCUGAAAGUAAAAUUCAUUGAAAAUGCGCGUUUAACUGGGUAAUCUCAGAUCACACAGCUAACAACAUUCAGAGCUAACCAAAGACUUGAACGCGGUGAUGGAAGUUUUCGGAAACGGAGACAAGAUUACACUCCGACCCACAAAAUGGAAGAUCAGGACGAUGGUACUAACACAACUUCAGCUGUGAUGGCAGCAUUUAAAUCAUUUCAGCUGGAGCUGGACACCAAGCAUGACAAAUACGAAAGGCUGGUGAAACUGAGUCGCGAUAUUACCAUCGAAAGCAAGAGGACUAUUUUUCUCCUUCACAGAGUAACCAGCGUCCCCGGAGUGGCGGAGGUGUUGGCGGAGUCCGAGGUGAAGCUGGACGGCGUGAGACUGAAGAUCAAACAGAUCGCCGAGGAGCUGAGAGGGCAGGACCUGCACCAGUACCACAGGGCCUUCACUCCUGGGAUCCAGGAAUAUGUAGAAGCCAUAUCUUUUCAGCACUUCAUCAAAGAACGUGCGUUAAUCAGCCUGGAAGAAAUUAAUAAGAAGUUAAUUUUUGUAAAAGACAAUACAAAAGAGGCUGAGGGUACCUCCUCCGAGUCAAUCCAGGAGAGCCGAGAAGGAGCCGUGUACUUCCAGGUGACCCCCACCGACUACCUCCUGGGCAUCGCGGACCUGACGGGGGAGCUCAUGCGCAUGUGCAUCAACAGCGUGGGCAACGGCGACAUCGACACGCCCUUCCAGCUCAGCCAGUUCCUGCGCCAGAUCUACGACGGCUUCUCUUACAUCGGCAACACCGGCCCCUACGAGGUCUCCAAGAAGCUGUACACGCUGAAGCAGAGCCUGGGCAAGGUGGAGGACGCCUGCUACACCCUCCGGGUGCGGGGCUCCGAGAUCCCCACCCACAUGCUGGCGGAUGUUUUCACCACCAGGGCGGCGCUAAUCGACCCCGACGAGGGGAUUUCCUAACGGGUUCUGCGAAAGGGGGCUGGCUGCCGGGUUGGCAAUUAGCGUUAGCUUUGCUCAGCUGCCGGCCCCGUGCCUCCGGUGUUAAACCUCCUGUGUGGGCGUAGUUGUUGAAGGUCUGGCUCUGCAUUAACCAGACUAUGGUAAGAAAGCAUGGGAUUGUUUGUGUUCGUGGGCCAUUAAAGUCUGUUCUGUAAUUCGAA